AUGACUUUACAACACCAAGUAGUUCAUGAAGCUAAUAACCUAGUUGCUCGCUCAACUCCAAAAGAAUUCUUCCAAAAUCAACCAGAAGAAUCCUUUUGUAAAGAUCUCGCUCAAUAUAAAGAAUUACACAAACAGUCAAUCGAAAAUCCUGAAAAAUUCUUUGGUGAUUUUGCUAAUCAAUUAUUAGACUGGGAUAAACCAUUUGUUAAAGCUAAAAAUGGUCACUUGAGAAGUGGUGAUGCCUCUUGGUUCUUGGGUGGUAAAUUAAACGCUUCCUUCAACUGUGUUGAUCGUCAUGCUUUUAACACUCCUGAUAAAGUAGCUAUAAUCUACGAAGCUGAUGAAGAAACUGAAUCCCCAGUCAAAUUAACCUAUGCUGAUUUGUUAUCCGAAGUCUCAAAAGUAGCUGCUAUUUUGAGCGAUUGGGGCGUCAAAAAGGGUGAUAGAGUUGCCAUCUAUUUGCCAAUGAUUCCAGCUGCUAUAAUUGCAAUUCUUGCUGUUGUUAGAUUAGGUGCUGUGCACUCAAUUGUCUUUGCUGGUUUCUCUGCUGCUUCUCUAAGAGACAGAAUAGUGGACUGUGACGCCAAAGUUAUUAUCACCUCCGAUGAAGGAAAAAGAGCCUCAAAGGUCAUUCACUCAAAAAAAAUCGUUGAUACUGCUAUUGAUGGCUUGUCAGUAGUUGAAAAAGUCUUAGUCUUUCAAAGAACUGCUGCCUCAAAUAUUCCAAUGAAAUUUGGCAGAGACUUUUGGUGGCACGAGGAAGCUAAAAAAUUCAGCGGUUACUUCCCUCCAACCUCUGUUGAUUCUGAAGACCCUCUAUUCUUAUUGUAUACCUCUGGUUCCACCGGUUCUCCAAAGGGUGUUGUUCAUUCAACCGCUGGUUAUCUUUUAGGCGCUGCCUUAACUACUCGUUACGUCUUUGACAUCCAUCAACAAGAUAUCUUGUUCACUGCUGGUGAUGUUGGUUGGAUUACCGGUCAUACUUAUGCUUGUUAUGGGCCUUUAUUAUUAGGUUGCGCUACAAUCAUCUUUGAAAGUACCCCAACUUAUCCUGAUAUUGGUAGAUACUGGAGAAUUGUUCAACGUCACAAAGCUACUCAUUUUUACGUUGCUCCAACAGCUUUAAGAUUAAUUAAACAAUUAGGUGAAUCGGCUAUCGCCAAAUAUGAUAUUUCAUCUUUAAGAACCUUAGGUUCUGUCGGUGAACCAAUUGCUCCUGAAUUAUGGCAAUGGUAUGACGAAAAAAUCGGUCAAGGUAGAUGUCACAUUGCUGAUACAUACUGGCAAACUGAAUCUGGUUGUCACUUAAUUGCUCCAUUAGCUGGUGCUGUUCCAACCAAACCUGGUUCUGCUACUGUUCCAUUUUUCGGUAUUGAUGCUGCUAUUAUUGAUCCAGUUUCCGGUAAAGAAUUAAAAGGCAAUGAUGUUGCUGGUGUUUUAGCUAUCAAAAACUCCUGGCCAUCAAUGGCAAGAAGUGUCUUUAGAAACCACGACAGAUAUAUUGACACAUACUUAAAACCUUAUCCAGGCUACUACUUUACAGGUGAUGGUGCUGGUAGAGAUAACGACGGUUACUACUGGAUUAGAGGUAGAGUCGAUGAUGUCGUCAACGUUUCUGGUCACAGAUUAUCAACUGCAGAAAUCGAAGCUGCUUUAUUAGAACACAGCGGUGUCUCAGAAGCUGCAGUGGUCGGUAUCCAUGACGAUUUAACUGGCCAAGCUGUUGUUGCCUUUGUUGGAUUAAAGGAAGGUUACUUGGUCUCAAGAAUUAAAGAAAGCGAAUCUAAAGGUGAUCACAUCACUUUAACCCAAUUAAGACAAGAGUUAAGAAUUAAAAUUAGAGCUGAAAUUGGUCCAUUUGCUGCUCCAAAAACAGUUAUUGUUGUUCCAGAUUUACCAAAAACCAGAUCCGGUAAGAUAAUGAGAAGAAUUUUAAGAAAAAUUAUUUCAAAUGAAGCUGAUCAAAUUGGUGAUACUUCAACUUUAAGCAACCCAAGCGCAGUUGAAAAAAUUAUAACUUCAGUCGAUGAACAAUUUUUCAACUUUAAAAAAUAA